AUGCCUUUCUUUUACCUCCAACUUUCACCAUUCGAGCUUCCUCUUACACAAAACCACAACAAUGUCCAAACAAAGCGCCGCCGGCGCCCCUCAGAUACCGCUUUCCGCAAAACUUGGGAUCGCGAAGAAUACACCAAAAAGGCCGCCGACGAAGAAGCCAAACGCAAAGCCGAAGGCAAAGCCCGCUACGAAGCCAAACUACUCGGCAAAAAAUACCAUGCCCCGGUCGACUACAGCUCCCUCGAGGCUACGACUGCCCGUAGCUCACGGCUAGAUGUGGCGUCGAUGGUGGGAAAGACAACCAUCGUGCCGGCCGGAUCAGCACUCGGCAAGCGUGGACGUGGAGCGGGAUUCUACUGCGCGGACUGUGACCUUACGUUCAAGGAUAAUAUCCAGCUUGUGGAGCACUACAAUAGCAAGCAGCAUUUGAUCGCGACUGGACAAAGUGGUGAUGUGAUGCGAGCUUCGGUUGGAGAGGUGCGGGAGCGGUUGAGGAUGUUGAUGCAUCGAAAGAGAGUUCGGGAGGAAGAGGAGAGGAAGGCUUGGCAGUUGGAUCUUGGAGAGCGCUUGCGGGAGCGGGAGGAGAUUGAUGCUAAGGAGAGAGAGGAACGGAGGCGCAAGCGCAAUGAGAAGCGUCGGAAGGGUGGUGAUGGUGUCAAGAAGGAAGAUGAUGGUUGGGAAGGCCGGCUGGGGAUCAUCGCCUGA